AUGGGUGUCGAACCUCCAUUCAUUUACGACCGACCCUCGACAUACACCUUUGGCAGCCCAACUGAUCGUGCUUUCAAUCCCAAGGCUGCAUCCCAUGCUUCCUGGACUCCCAAGCCUCUGAAACCCAAGCAAGAUGGUCCACUGGUUGAUUUUAACAAGCAUCCUGAUUCCUACAUAGUCCUUCCUUACGGCAAUCUCAAUGCCAAACCGAUGCCUCCUAAUACCCAUAAGAAGGUCGUCCGCGUCCGAUACGUCCAACUCUUCCUAAGAAUUUGUGCCUUGAUCGGGGCUCUGGGCUCCCUCUUCUGUGUUAUCGCCAUCAACAAGACCACCGCAACAAUAGGAUGGAUCAUUCGCUGCGCUCCUGCUAUUGCCCUUCUUCACACCCUCUAUGCAGUCUUCCACCUCGCGCGUGCACCUACAAGCCGCACUCCUGCUUCUACAGCAAGCUACAUGAUAUUUGCGGCCAUGGUGGAUACUGGUCUGAUCCCCUUCUGGGUCUUCUGCGCAUGGGUGGCACAUGCAGACUACACAAACAACGAAUACGGAUGGAGCACGCUGUUCAACAAUACAGAUCUGUCAUACAAGAUCAUCAAUGCUUUCUUCCUGCUUUCGUGCGUUGAAGGUGGCCUGAUGCUGCUAUCGCUGCUCCUGGACAUUUACCUCGGUGUCAAGUUCAGACAGAUCUCCAAGCUGCCGCCAGACAUGAAUCCUCUGGAGCCGAAUCUCACAUCCAGGCACAAACGGAAUAAAUCCGAGAUCACCGAGAAGAACAUGAGAUCCUCAGCAUUGGCCGCUAAGCGAGAGUCGCAGCUUUCGGGUUUCAAGAGAGUCCCUUUUAUCCACACUCGGACUGACUCGGCCGACAGCGUCACGCUCUACGGCGGUGACAGCGCCCGCAACUCAAGGGUAGAGUUCCGCAAAGAACUGGAUGAAAAUGAAAAAGAUCCCUGGCGAUGGUCACGAAAUUCAUCUCCUGAACGACCUGGCUCUGCCGUCAAUCCCUCUCCAACCUCUCGUGCAGCUGGUAGUGGACUUGAUUUCCGCCCCGAACGCUCUUCCCAACUCAAGGAGAAACCAUCUCGUCCAUCUUCAUGGCUGUCAUAUCUCGAUUACGAAGGCGUGCCCAGCACGAUGAGCGAAGAGGCCUCUGCAGAACUGGACCACGAAGUCCGGCCCAUGUCCCCUGUGUCUGCCAUCACCGUUACAGACGCUCCAUCCGACAAGAUUCAUCGUGAACGAGAGAAUUGGUAUCAUGGUUCCCCAGCACGCAACAGUCAGGCCCAGCUAGCACCACCAACAAAUAACAGCCUGACCCACAUCCACUCGAAAAACUCGAGCAGAACUAGCUUACACCAAUCACUUCCUAUGCCAUCCCCUGGCUCUCCGCCAAAGAAGAGAAGCCGUGAACCUCUAGGCAUGAACCCUCCGACACCUACACGCACAGCGUUCAACGAUGAAAAUGCAUAUUUCACACCCACAAGGGAUUCCCGCUUUCAGCACGACGGAAGUCGCGCCGCCCUCCACGACGCAGAUGGUAAUGCCCAAGCUCAACUCAGAGGCACCCCAACCGAUAGCAGACCAUCCAGCUUCGUCGGUAGCGGUGGGAAAGCACGCUUCUAUGGUGAUCUGCGACAAUCCAUUGGCUCUGCAUCUCCCACUCACAAUGACAACGAUAAGAAAGAAGAAAUUCGAACCAGCAUUAAAGAGGUUGAGAGUAUGUACGAACGCACUCGCACGAUGCAGACGGAAAGCGACUACUCUGCCAACUUCGAGGUCUACUCCACAUCUGAUGACGAAGAGGGACGAUUGAGCGCCAACAUCACGAAUGUGCAGACCGCUUCUCCGUCCCAAUGGAACGGCACCAGACAAGCUUCUAACUCAACCGGGUUUGACAUGAACGGUGGAUACGCGGGGCUCGGUGCAGAGUUUGGUAAAGGCAUGGGUAGACGGAGAGAUGUCAGCGGGAAAGCAGCUGAAGAGGGAAGAGCAAGUCCGACAAGGAAUGGCGCUGCGGGUUGGGAGAGGUUCAAGGGGUUGUGA